AUGAUAAAGCUGAUAAACACCAAAACAAUCAAAAAUUGUUGGCUUCAUAUAAGAAUUAUAUCCCUACAUGAUAAUGAUAAAACACCUAUCAGUUUUCUUACUUUUGUUGAUAACAAUAAAGCUAUAAAUAAAUAUUUGUCUAUAGAUCCAAAUGAUGCCAGAGAACUUCAGCAAGUAAUUAAUAUGUUGUCUGCUACAGAAUUAGAGCAAGUAGAAGAUGAAGUUGUGAUAUCAUCUUUAGCUAAAAAGGAGCAGUUGAAUAUUUUAUAUAGUAUUCUUAAAAUUGUUAAUAAGAGGAUUAAUGAUAGUGGGAUAACAAUAAAGUCCUUAUACAAACUACAAUUCUGUAUUUAUAAAGAAGUUCAAAAAGAAGUGACUGAAAGACAG